CUGGGGCUCAUAUUCCUAUGAUGUUGAACACCUUGACGCAUCUAAAUACAUCUGAAUCUACAGCAAUGAAGACGGAACUAGUAAAUAUAAUUCAACACACUGAAGUUCUUAAAACUGUAAGUGAGAAGGAUAUGUAUGGGGCAGCUAAAGCCCUGAUUUUUAUAAUUCAUGCCUACAAUCUGGAUACAGAGAAGUUCAGGGUGGGUGAAGUGGAUACAACUGGUAUAAGAUACUAUGCCCACGGGGCCAAACACCAAGGUGACUCUGAGCUAAUAUUUCUUGAUCUUGUGUUUAUGGCAAUGGAGUCCAAAAAACUAGGUUUGAUUAACACUGGAUUAAAAUUAAUGAGAAGUGCAUUUAAAGCACUAGAGAAUUCUACUGAACCACUAACUCUAUCUCCGGAUAGACAAGCUGAUGUUGAGAAAACGAAACGAGAUCUGAUUCAACUCAACAACAACUUUAUCACGAAUAAGAAAACCUUUAUCAAUGAUUUAAUUGUUGUGAACCAGUAUCUUGUCAACGAGAGUCUUGAGAAGAAGAAAACCCAACCUAAGUUUGUAAAGUCAGGAGCUGUUAAAAAGAUAGACCCCAGAAUGGCGACAGCCUUCGGUGGAGACUUCUUUCAGAUGGAAGCAUUGUUCCAGGGUUGCAGGAAUGAAUUUAACCUACUUCCGAAAUUUGAAGUCCCUAAUUGGCCGCUUGUCAGCAAAUGUCGUCUUCUGCAUCAUGACGAUCCAUAUUUGAAACUUGGACCAUUCAAGAUGGAGGUCGCCAGUGAAACUCCUUUUAUAAUGGUGAUUCAUGAAAUACUUACUGACGAGGAUACAGAGUAUUUUGUAAACUGGGCAACUCCUAAACUAUCAAGAUCAAGAAAUCUUGAUUUUCAAAAGUAUGGAAAAACAGAUAAAGAGAAGAAGUUCCGUGUUGUUGCUAAAUCAGUUCAGGCCUGGAUGCCUGAGAUAAGCUAUCAUCAACCUGAUAAUCAAUAUAAUCCUAAUAAUUUUACAGUAAAUCAUCCCAGGGUUCAUAAGGUCUCAGCUAGGAUGGAACUUGCUUUUAAUCUUAACCUUACAAACCAAUGGAGUUCUAAUGUAUAUCAAGUGACUAACUACGGGUUAGGCGGACUAUGUGAAGCUCAUUUUGACUCUCAGGCCUUCUUCGAGGGUAUAAACGUGGAGAAAGAAGGUUCAGUGAACCGGGGUGAUUACAUUGCCACCAUCAUGGCCUGGUUAACUUCUACCCCUGCAGGAGGAGGAACAAGCUUCUUCAGCUCAUUCUCAUCAGUUACUGUCAAUCCAACGAAAGGAAGUGCGGCAUUCUGGUGGGACAUUACUCAUCAGAACUAUCGCGACCGAGGAACUAAACAUGGCGGAUGUCCGGUAGCUGUUGGAUCUAAAUGGAUUCUGAAUAAAUGGGUUUAUAGUUUCAACCAAUGGAAUAGGAUACCUUGCAGGCUUGAAAAGAAAAACGAAGAUCAAAGCUUGUACAGUGACAAUAUUGGACCCUUCUCACAAAACAGAAUGUUUUAGACUCUCCAGUCCUCUCCCUCGAGACCUCUCCCUCCAGACCUCUCCCUCUAGACCUCUCCCUCCAGACCUCUCCCUCU